UUUGCCGGUGCCGGAAACCUAGCUUCUGCAUGUGCCCUGCUUUCUUCAACACCAAUCAACACUCGUACACAUAAUGGAUCAUAUUUCUCCUUCCUCCAACUUCCGUCGAUAAACACCCAUCACAAAUGGCUCCGGAGAAUAACUGGCUAUCGUUUUCGCUAUCACCAAUGGAGAUGUUCACUUCUUCAACCUCUCAGCCACCUCACCAGUAUUACUUCAACGAUAAUAUCUAUGCAAAUGGUUGGGCCAACGGUGGAAAGACUUCAACGAUGUAUACAGGAGACAACAGCAACAGUCAUGGGGAUGUCAAAGACGGUGGCGAUUCACCGCUUUUCCGAAGCUUCAUGGAAUCCCAUAUCAACCAGCAACAAGCUCCCAAGCUGGAAGACUUUCUCGGCGGCGACACCACCACCACCGCCCACUCUAUGCAAUCUUUUCGUUACACCGAUGGGUCACAAACGGAAACCCAGGACUCAUCAUCGUUAACCCAUUUGUAUGACGGAAGCAGCUCCGUCUACUUCUCCGACCAACAAGAUCUCAAUGGCAUCACCGGCACCGCCGGGUUCCAAACGUUCUCAACAAACUCGGGGUCGGAGGUGGACGACUCAGCCACGCAUCUAACCGAGUUUGCCGGGCAGUCGAUUGAGUCGGGUAGCGAGUUGGCGUAUGUACAGUGUCCAAUGAAUGCUUUGUCACUAGGCAUCACCACGAGCAGCAGUGGCGGCGCCACCCAUCAGGUAUCUAAUCAGAAAGCUAUUGUAGCUGUGGAUUCCGGUGAUCAGAAUAAUUGUAAGAAGAUUGCGGAUACUUUUGGACAAAGAACUUCAAUCUACAGAGGUGUUACUAGGCACAGGUGGACUGGAAGAUACGAAGCGCAUCUUUGGGAUAAUAGCUGUAGAAGGGAAGGCCAAGCAAGGAAGGGACGUCAAGUGUACUUGGGUGGUUAUGACAAGGAGGACAAGGCUGCAAGAGCGUACGAUUUGGCCGCUCUCAAGUACUGGGGUCCCACCGCCACUACAAACUUUCCGGUUGCAAAUUAUGCACAAGAAUUGGAAGACAUGAAACAUGCAACUAAGCAAGAGUUCAUUGCGUCGCUAAGAAGGAAAAGCAGUGGCUUCUCGAGGGGAGCCUCAAUCUACCGUGGGGUGACGAGGCAUCACCAACAAGGCCGCUGGCAAGCUAGGAUAGGCCGUGUUGCUGGUAACAAAGAUCUUUACCUCGGGACUUUCGCCACCGAGGAGGAAGCUGCGGAGGCUUAUGAUAUAGCAGCAAUAAAGUUCCGAGGCGUCAAUGCUGUAACAAACUUCGAGAUGAGUCGGUAUGACGUGGAGGCAAUUUCCAGCAGCUCUCUCCCCGUUGGCGGAUCUGCAAAGCGCCUGAAAGUCUCUUCCGAGGUGGAGCAAAAACCUCCCCUAAUCAGUAACCACCACCAACUACCUCCAUACAGCAGCAGCAACAGUGGAAGCAGCAUAAGCUUUGGUGCGGUGCCGCCAGUGUACGGUUUGUCAUUUGAUCCAAAUUCAACACCAAUGUAUCAUCAUCAGAGUUUGUUCCAGCAUCUCCAGUCGGGUGGCGGCAAUGGUGGUACAGUUGAAACCUCUGGUGCGAUGGGUUUAGUGGCACCUUCAGCUGAGUUCUUCGUUUGGCCUAACCAGACGUAUUAAAAAAAUAGGUUUAGGCUAGUGUUAUGUUAUGGGAUAGUAUCUUCUUUUAUAAUCUCUGAAUGCUGACCUUCAUGUGCUGACUGAUGUAGCUUAGUGGUUUAAGUAUUAGUGCAAGUAAUAGAGUAUGGUAGGGGAUAUAAGUUUUAAUAUACAGGUCUUAAUUAAGCAAGGAACUAGAAAUUUAUGGUUCCGUCUGAUUCCGUUAUUGGACCAUCGUUGCUUCUUGAUCAUACUCGUUUCUGUAUCCAUGUUCGCAAAGUUGGCGAGCAAAUGUGGGUGGUCC